AUGGGGCCUUUGUUCUCCACCAUUCCUGGUGCCCAUUCUGGUCCCAUGCGUCCUCUGCCCAAGAAACACGUAGAACCCAUGGCAGUGCAACAGCUGCUUCUUGGCAACUCCACCAUGAUCAGGCACACUUGUCCCAUGUCUGUCCCGUUGAGCCGCUUCUUGCUGUGUUUUGCGAAUGGAUUUUAUAAACCUGUGAUUCGAGCAUCCUCAGUUGCUUCUCGAGCCUUUCCGCUCCAUGAACUCUGGGACAGCUUGCCUGAUGACACGAGGACCCUCUCCCAGCUGAAGGGGCAGAUUCAUGCUUUAGAGUGUGGGGAGUCAGCUUGGGGGCACGUUCUCUGCCGGCCCUGGCUGCGGGCGCCCUCAUCUAACAAGAUGCUUCUGUCCAUGGGUGGAGGACAAAGGCCUAUGGGCUUGGGGAGCGAGUUCUUUCGUCUCCUACAUGACCUUCAUCUGCUCGCGUUUCCCACGAAGUGCAUCUGGCCUGCGACGGCCAUCAGGGGGCGCGAUGCCGCCUCACAGAACCUCGAGAGGCGCCCGGGUUCCGGCACAGAAGCCCGGCGGCUCCAGGGGGCGGAGCCGAGCCGCCUCCUCAGGACCUACGUAGGAGGCGCCGUCAUCCCUACAGGGACACCUGAGAGGACCCAGCCUCCUCCUCCUCAGGACCCACUCGGGAGACGCCGCUGGCUCUAUAGGAACACCUGGGGACCGUGGCCAGGGACGACCCAGCCUCCUUCUCCUCAGCUCCUCAGGAACGACUGGGGAAGCUGUGGCUUCAUGGUCCCCGAGGCUGCCCGAGGAAAGGUAUUUCAGGACAGCCAGGAGGGGGCGCACAUCCGCCGAGAAACUGUGAGCAAGAGCGUCUGUGCUGAACCACGGAGCCACCAGAGGGCGCGCGAUCCCGCCCCAACCAACUUCCCGCGGAGGUGCCAGAAGCAGCGAGGAGCUUCAACUUCCUCAGGGCAGCACGAGGGUCGUGUUAACUUGGUGUUCUUCAUUGGUAUUUCAGGACAGCCAGGAGGGGGCGCACAUCCGCCGAGAAACUGUGAGCAAGAGCGUCUGUGCUGAACCACGGAGCCACCAGAGGGCGCGCGAUCCCGCCCCAACCAACUUCCCGCUGAGGUGCCAGAAGCAGCGAGGAGCUUCAACUUCCUCAGGGCAGCACGAGGGUCGUGUUAACUUGGUGUUCUUCAUUGGUGAGUAAAAAGCUCCUGUCCACGGCCCUGAGUGCCAAGGAGUGAGUCUUUAGAGCACUCAGCAGAGGAAGAAAUCCAUCUAGAAAAAUAAAACCCCCAAAUCUCACUGUUUGGAGUACACCCUAACAUCAUUGUCAAUGUCCAAGACACAGUGGCUGCUAAUAUAUAUUCUUACAGUGGCCUCUAAUAUAAUAAUCACAC